AUGUCAUUCGUCACAGGUAUGGAUGAGGCGGAUGCAAGAAUCGGCGACGACCAGCCAUUCAAGGAUAACGUUGCACUCCUUCAGCGAUUAAAAGAAGUAAAUGUUUCUCCACUAUGGGCUCAGAUGGCUCGUCUAAAUCCUGCACUCCCGAAUCCAUCUACAGAGCCGUUUCUCUGGCAAUAUCAGCACAUUCGGCCAUGCUUAUUGGGCGCCGGCCAGCUUAUCAGUGAGAAGCAAGCAGAGCGUCGUGUUCUGAUGCUAGUAAACCCAAAAAGAACCGCUCCAUAUACAACCGACACACUGUACGCAGGACUCCAGCUUGUCCAACCUCGGGAGACCGCUCCUGCUCAUCGCCACGCGGCGUUUGCCGUACGCUACAUCAUCGAGGGCAAAGGGGGUUACACUGCUGUCCAAGGAAAGAGAGUUGCCAUGCAUCCUGGCGACGUCAUAAUCACACCUACUUGGAGCUGGCAUGACCACGGCAAGAAAGGUGCGGAUGAAGAAGGCGGCGACGAGAGUCCAGUCAUUUGGCUAGAUGGUCUUGACCUGCCCAGCUUCAUCCAUUUUCCCGUGCACUUCAACGAGCACUACAGUGCUGCACGCUACCCCGCGACGGAUGUUGAUAGCUCGCCCAUUGUGUUUCCCUGGAGGGACAUGCUUGCAAAACUUCACGAUGCGCCUGGUUCCUGGGCGGCUGUGCCAUAUCGUAAUAGCGAUGGCAGCGAGAUUGGCCGCGUCAUCGGCGCUUCUGCGGAGCGGCUGGACAAGGGAGCUGAGAGUCCUGUCAGGCAAGAAACCUCUUCUUCUGUCUACCAUGUCAUACAGGGUAGUGGAUGGUCCGAGAUUGGUGGUAAAAGCUUUUCCUGGCAGCGAGGCGACACAUUUUGUAUCCCUGCCUGGUACAAGUACAAGCAUGUUGCCAACGGAGAGGAAAACGGCGUUUACUUCUAUCGAUUCGAUGACAGACCCAUGUUGAAGUCUCUAGGGCUGUUGCGGACACAGAUGAACGGUGCUGAUACGUUUGCUAGCUUGGUUUGA